GAGUGGCUAGUAAUAUUCGGCUUUCGCUUGACGGACAAUUUUCUUCAUAGAGGUAGAAGAAGAAGAUGGUGGCCGACGAGUUUUUCUUUUUCUAAGACACUCAGCCUAGGUAGCGUCAUAUAGCUGCGGGGGAGAUGGACUUUGUAAUACUCCGAGCAGAGCGAACCAGACCAGGUCUAUCCAAUCCAAGUAAAUCAUCUCAAUAGAGUAUCUACUUACGAGGUUACUUGGAUAAGACAAGCUGCGAGUGUCAAAAGCUUCUACCUAAUUAUGAUAAGGAAAAGUUGAGAGUUGAGUUGAAGUUUACGAAUCGGAGCGAAGUGACGUAAAGUGAAAGGGGCUUGGGUUCCGGAGUUUAUCUACCAGUGUAUUAGGUGAUCCAGGGAUGUCUCAGGCUGCCCCGCAACAAGUUCCAUCCAACGCUAACUAGUCAACUACCCCUCCAAAAACAAAGCGCAUUCACAAGCUCCUAGGCACCAAACAUAAUAAUAAUAAUACCCCAAACGGCUAACACUUGGACAUUUCCAAACCAUACGAACUUUGGGCGAAUACCAUACUCUGUAUGUCUUUGUCUUAAAAAAGGAACGAGGUAGUGAUACCACAAAACGCCGAAAUGUCGAUCACAAUCGAGAAGAUACUUGCUGCAGCGCCGGUCACAGCUCGAGGGCAACCGACCCAGCUGUCAACUGAUGCUAAGGGGGAAAGAAUAACUUAUGCUUCCGGAAAAUCAAUUUUCGUUCGAUCCAUCGAUGACCCUUCUUCCAGUAAACAAUACACAGGCCACACAGCCCAAACGACAGUAGCCAAGUUUUCCCCCAGCGGUUUCUACAUUGCCAGUGGUGAUGUAUCGGGCUCAGUUCGCGUAUGGGAUUCUAUAGAAGCCGAGAACACUAAAGGCGAAUAUCAUAUCAUCUCGGGCCGCAUAAACGAUAUAGCAUGGGAUGGCGACUCCCAACGUAUUAUCGCCGUCGGUGAUGGCCGUGAACGAUUCGGACACUGCAUCACUGCGGAUAGUGGAAAUAGCGUGGGAGAGGUAUCCGGACACUCCAAAGCCAUCAAUUCAGUCGCCGUAAGACCGCUUAGGCCCCUACGAGCCGCAACCGUUAGCGAUGAUCUAGCCAUGUGCUUUCUGCACGGUGCACCGUUCAAGUUCAACUCGAAGUCUACUGGCCUUCAUAAGGGAUUCGUGCUGGGUACCGCUUUUUCGCCAGAUGGAAAUACCCUUGUUACCGUGGGCGCAGACAAGCGAAUCCAACUAUACGAUGGCAAGACUGGAGAACCUACGAAGUCCAUCGGCGAGGGUGAGCAUACCGGUAGUAUCUUCGCCGUUAGUUGGGCCAAAGACUCGAAGAGAUUCGUCACCGCUAGCGCCGACCAGACCGUCAAAUUAUGGGACGUGGAAGCAGGGACAGUAGUACAAACGUGGAGGUUCGGGGAAGAAGGUGGUGUUAGCAUCCCAGACCAGCAGGUCGGUGUCGUAUGGCCGCACGGCCGCAGCGACGGUUUGAUUAUUAGUCUUAGUCUCGGUGGUGAUCUAAAUUACCUAGUAGAAGGCAAUCCGAAAUCUACUAAAGUCGUCCAGGGACAUAACAAGAGUAUCACAGCUUUAGGGGAGGGAUCAGACGGUAAAGGCAACACUUUAUGGACCGGAAGCUUUGAUGGUCGGGUGUGCAGCUGGGACGUCUCCUCUGGAGUAGGCACUGUUGUAGACGGCCAGAGCCACACGAACCAGGUGACAGAAUUUACUUCAAGCGCUGGACGGGCAUAUAGCGUUGGAUGGGACGACACCCUACGCAUAGUGGACGAGUCUGCCAAUACAUUCGCCGGUGAGAGUUUGAAGCUAUCAGCACAGCCCAAAGGCGUCGCUUCUGCAGACGGAAAGGUGUACGUCGCAACAGUCACUGGCGUUGAGAUUUACGUCAAGGAUCAGCUAGCAGGAACAUUUGAUAUCGCCGAUUCCCAACCCACCGCCAUUGCCGCCCAAGGUUCCCUAGUAGCUGUCGGCCUAAGCAAUAAUGCAGUCCGCCUGUACAAAGCGGACUCGAGCAACAAGCUGACGCAAUCACACGAAGCUAAGAACUCUACCGCGCAGAUAUCGGCUCUAGCCUUCUCGAAGGACGGUUCCUUGCUAGCGGCGGGUAACACUGCCGGCAAAAUCUACGCGUAUAAGACGGGUGCCCUUGAGGUGGCGACGGAUCGGUGGUCGGCGCAUACGGGCCGUGUGACGAGCAUCGCGUGGAACGAGGCGGGCACGCACGCCGUUAGUGGCGCACUUGAUACUAAUGUGUUUGUAUGGAGCUUGGCGAAGCCCGGAAGCCGCGUCAAGACCCUUAAUGCGCAUAAAGAUGGUGUCAACGGUGUCGCUUGGGUGGAUGGGGGCAAGAAGGUGGCUACUACGGGUGGAGAUGCUGCGGUCAAGAUUUGGAACGUGUCGGGUUUGCAAUGAGCGAGGGUGCGAUUCGGUGUGAUCGGAUAGGUGAAUGCGGUCGAGGUAUCGUGUUAUAAGCCUUGCGAUGGAUUGGCGAUGAUAGGAAUGAAUAUUUACGAGAAAAAUAGAGCUGUUCGGGCAAUCCUAAAAUGGCUUGCGUGAUGCUUGUAGAAUCUCACAUCAAAUUAGUUUAUGGAUCUAUAUGCGCUUUUGAAAUGCUCACCUCGUAGAUGUUCAUACGAUACCAUCGCAUAAUAUUCGCACCAUAAC